GUGCCGCACAGGAGCGGCGGCCGAACGCGAUGGAGGGCGGCGGCAGCGGCGCCUACGGAGCGGCGAAGGCUGGCGGCGCCUUCGACCUGGUCCGUUUCGUACAGCAGCCGCAGGUGCUGGCGCGGAUCGUCAGUGCGAUCUUCGCCCUGAUCGUGUUCGCCUGCCUGGUCGGGGAUGGCUACAUCAGCGUGUCCGAGGACCCCCGUCUCUUCUGCGUCUUCAACCACAAUGAGGACGCCUGUCGCUACGGCAUCGGCAUCGGCGUCCUCGCCUUCCUCGCCUGCAUCUUCUUCUUCAUGGUGGACGUCUACUUCCCCCAGAUCAGCAACGCCACCGACCGCAAGUACUUGGUCCUGGCCGACCUCGGCUUCUCAGGUCUCUGGACUUUCCUGUGGUUCAUCGGGUUCUGCUUCUUGACCAACCAGUGGUCCUGGACACGGACUGAGCACGUGUACAUCGUGGCAGACUCUGCCCGUGCUGCCAUCACCUUCAGUUUCUUCUCCAUCUUCUCCUGGGGCCUCCUGCUGACCUUCGCUUACAAGAGGUACAAAAUGGGGGUGGAGGACUUUGCUCAAAGCUAUGUCGACCCCACCCCAGAGGUUUCGACUCCCUACUCCAGCUACCCCAACAUCAGCCAUGACAGCUACCAGCAGCCGCCCUUCACCCACACGGCAGAGGCCCCGGAGGGGUACCAGCCCCCCCCGGUGUACUGAGCCCUGGCUGGUGCCUGCGGGUGGCUGUACCAGUGCAAUUCCUUCUGUGGGGUGGGAGGGAGGGGCCUGCGACUUGGAGGGGUGGGAGGGUGACGGCUGCUUUGUGUGAAGGUGACCGGGCCUUGGCAUGGGGCACAGGAGGGGCCUGGUCCUGAUGCUGGAGCCAAGCUCCCUGAUGAGGGGUUGAGAGCCCCGUGUGUGGUGGGUGAUUCGGCGCACGGUGGUGAUUUGCAGCUGCUGGGUGAGCCCUGUGGCUGUGGGAGGGUGGGUGUGCGGGCAGCCCUGGCACAGCUGAGCCUCUGCCCUCGCUGUGGUGCCUUGGUGGAGUGUGUGGUUCACACCCCCCUGACCCUGCCCCGGCUCUGCCCCUGUGACUGCUGCCCUGGCCUGUCCUGGCCCCAGUGCCUUUCAGCCCUGCUGGCUGCAUCCUCCCAAGUGCCGUCUCUUGCUGCCGUAACACAGCCGGGCCCGGCUCCUGCCUGUGCCAGCUUUCUGUGCCUUCCCUGCUCGGCUGCUGCUGGGUGAGCUGUUGCCAAAGCCCCCCUUGUCUUCCUGUGAUGCCGUGCUGUGCCUUCUCCCAACCUGCACUAGAGCUGCCAGUGCUCCCGCGGUUUGGGAUCCGUGGGAGCGGUGAGCGCUGGGAUCCCUCAGGAGGGCCAGGGCUGCUCCAGCUGAGGAAGGUCCUGGAGCGCUUUCUGUCCCUUGCUUGCCUCCCCCAUGAGCGCUGCCUCUGCCAGCACGAGGCUGUGCUGCCGUGCCCUGCCCACGGCUCCCACCUGCACUCCGGCUGCCCUGGGUGCCGCAGGGCCGCUCUCAGGUUGUGUUCGCUGCUGUGCUAUGGUGAAGCUGUUCCUGGUGGCCUGGUGCGGGCUGUUGCUGCUGGGGCUGGUGUUCAAGUAGUUGUCACUGUAAGGUUUGAAUAAACUUUUUCACCGAGCCAC